AUGGAAGCCACCGAUAAUGAAAUUAAACAACUUGUUAAUCGGGCUCGACUUAGAUUUCAUCCUGAUAAAAAUGCAGGUAUUUUAGAAAAAGAAUUUAUGCUUAUAGAAAAGGCAUGGAGUGUUCUACGCUGCCCCGAAAAACGUAAAACUUAUGAUGCUUUAUUGAGACAAAAUAAGCUAAUGUCAAUGUCUGCUGGGUUACCUGUACAAAAUGAUAUACCAUUUGAUGAAUUUCACUCUGAACCCAUACAUGACACUGAUAUAAAUUUUGAAUCUAAUGAUCAGAAGUGUAGUAUAUAUUGGUUCCCUUGUCGUUGUGGUGGAAAUUAUAUCUUAGAAGAAGUUGCUGUGUUGUGUCGAGCUCCGUAUGCUGAGUGUACUGACUGUUCUUUACUGGUGCGUGUUUUAUAUCGAGAAUCGCAACACUAA